CUGAAUUUGAGAUURGACCACGAAGCAGCUGCUAUGUYGACGGACGGCAGCUAACCUACAUUUUAAAGCUACAACCUCUGUGAGAAAUAAUGUUAAAAUACCACAAGCGAGCUCCGACUGACAAUAAUGUUUACAUCGGAAGUCAACUACGCACUUCCCUAGCAACAACAGUCCUUGACAACAGCUAAUGACCACAAGCUAAAGAAUGGCAGGAACRGAUGCUAAUACGUCACUAUGGGAACAAAUUUGCCAAGAGUUUGAAGCUGAGCAACCCAGCCCUCCUAAACAGAAGCAGAAGGCAUUAGUGGAUGAUGAUCAUCCGAGGUGCACGGACCCUCUUGCUACUACUGGUGGCAUGAAAGUUGUUCCUCAUCAGAAGCACCCUAAGACAGCUGAAACUACAACGUCUCCACAGAAUAAUGAACGGCCGGUCAAGCGGUUCUUGGAGAAAAUAGUGUUCCCUGUAUUAUUACCCGGUCUUGAAGCUUUGCUGCGAGAAGCCCAGAAAGCUGGCGCUUUUGAGAGAAAAGUGACCAGAUUUCUCCCCUGUGACUUCCUAACUCAGUAUCUCUACAAUCAGAACCCCCACAGGCUGGGACAAAUUCCAGUGAACUUUUUUGACAUUCCCUUUGUCAGUGAUUGGCUGAUAGAGCAUCCUAGACCUCCCAUCCCUUUGUUUCUACUGCUCAGUGAGGAGGAGGCUGCCCUGAUUGUCCAGUCUUUCUGGAGAGGAUAUAAGGACAGGGGCUGCUGCGGCACCAUGACACCCAUUGAAUUAACUGUUGGAGCUCACUGUAACCAACAUAGUAAAGAUACCUUACUGUUGUUGUUUCCAGUUGCUAAGAUGAAGGCAGCGCAGGCGAAGAAGCUGGAUGCUGACGUCUCUGUGCCUCAGCUGAGCAUGAAUCACAACAACCAGGCGACCCCAGGGACCAGUGAGAUGCAGACCAUCAACCCGGGUGAGGAAACGGAAACCUCCUCGACAUGACUGAGCAAUACCCUUACUUUUACAAUGAAGGAUAAAAUAACACUUGAACACUUGRGUUAA